AUGCGCUGUUCCCUCACUGCUCUCGGCCUCUUUGGCCUCGCCUCCGCGGCCCCUGCCGCCUGCCCCAGCAACCACAACCUGAGCACCUCCAAGGGCCUGAAGCUGCGCGUCAAGCUCCAGGAUCCCGCCAAGGACCUGCCCGCCUCGCCCGUCGGCGGCGAGUACGUCACGUCGAUCCACGACGGCGCCGGCACCAACCUGGUGGGCUUCAAGCGGGACGCCGGGCGCGUCUUCUACGUCAACGGCACGGGCUCCGCCGCCGACGACGACGACGGUCGCUUCUGGAGCACCGUCUCGGACGGCGGCACGCCGGCCGCGCCCUACGGCCUCGCGCUGCACGCGCUCGACGACGACCCGGACGUGCAGGUGGCCCGGCUCGACGUCGGCCUCGGCGACCGCGGCAUCUACGUGCCCGCCGAGGAUGCCGGCGGGCGCGGCCCGCAGCUGCUCCCGACCGGCUGGCUGGCCUGCGACGAGCCGCUCGCCUACUACGGCGGCAAGCACUUCAGCGUUCUGCGCCGCAGCGCGUCCGGCAGGGCCCCGCCCAAGGAGUGCGUGCUCGUCGUGCUGCUGCCCGAGUGCGCGGAGCUCGACGACUUGCCGGACGGGGCCCUCGCCAGCCACGAGUUUGCGCAGGAGGUGAGCUGCUACAAGGAUGCCUCCAAGGUAUAG